AAAAUUUAUAAGACAUGAGUGUGUUUUUAUCCUAACUUCAGUACUGAAAUGUGUUAGCGGUCAGAUCAAAGAGUAGGAGCGGUCAGAUCAAAGAGUAUAGGAGAUGCGCGCGCUGUUAGACAGGACAGAACAGUGACGUGAUAAAUGAUAUUCCUGUAAAUAUUUUGUAAAUACUCCUUUACAUUAUUAUGCAAAUUAUCCUCAGCUACUUUGUCACCGAAAUCUAAUCUAAUUUAAAUAUUAUUAUUAUAACCUAAAGAGAAUAUUUUAACAAUUAACAAAUAUCAAAUUCUAAUGUUAUUGGUCUCAUAUAUAAUGGUACCCAGUGUGAUAUACAGUGAAAUGCUUACACCACUAUCUGCUUUAACCCUUGAAAAGGAAAAGGAAUAAGGACAGAAAAAGACAGGGAUAAAAUACGUAAUAUAAAAUAUAAAAAAAAAACUACAAUUUACAGUAGGUAAAUAAAAAUAUAAAUAUAAAUAAGUAAGGUAGGGUAUAUGUGUAUACAGAAUAUGUAUAAAAUAUAGAAUAUAUAUAACAAAUGUAAGAUAUGUAAAAUGUAAACAACUGUAUUAUACAGAACUAUAUAAAGUGAAUAGUGUACAAUAAUGUGCAGUGUGCAGACAGCAGCAGUACGGGGGUUAUGUACUGAAAUAAGGACAAUCUCACUGCUCAGCUACUGUCUGAAAUAUGAUUGGAUAAAUACUCUUAUCAUAAAUAUAUACUACUGGAAGCAGCGCAAGCGAGAGAAAAGGAUGCACUCUAUGGUGCAGGAGUAAAAGUUCCUUAGCACCUUAGCGGGCAGUCUAAAGUCUCUCAUGCGUCUGAGGUGGAAGAGACGCUGUCAGGCCUUCUUCACCACGGUGUUGAUGUGACAGGACCAUGACAGGUCCUGCAUGAUGUGAACACAGAGGUAUCUGAAGCUGUCCACUCUCUCCACUGGGCUGCUGUUGAUCACAGGGGUCUGGUAGUUCCUCUCCUGCUUUCUGCUGAAGUCCACUAUCAGCUCCUUAGUCUUGCUGCCGUUAAGGUGGAGGUUGUUCCUCUGGCACCAGUUCUCCAGAGUCUUAAUCUCCUCCAGGUAGGCCGUCUCAUUGUUGUCGGAGAUCAGUCCGACCACAACGGUGUUAUCAGCAAACUUGAUGAUGUUGGUGGAGUUGGUAGUGGCCAUGCAGUCAUACGUGUACAAAGAGUACAGCAGGGGGCUCAGAACACAACCCUGAGGGGCUCCAGUGCUGAGGGUGAGUGAGGCUGAGACAUGUCUGCCCAUCCUUACUGCCUGUAAUCUGCCAGUUAGGAAAUUGGAGAUCCGCUGACAAAGAGAUGGGCUGAGUCCCAGGUGCUCCAGCUUGGUGUUUCCAGGGCCAUGGCAGACAGAAAGUCCCAGAUUGUGGUGGAAGGAGAGGCGUCUGAGUCGGAUUCGGAUCAGGAGAUCUACACGACCUCUGGACUCACGGUUCCGGGCGAAGCCUCAGAGACGGACAGCGAGGGUGAGGAAGAAAAACCCACUGCAUUCCAUCAUCACUUACCUCCUCUCACUGUGGAUCGCCACGACGACGUGUCCAUCCCUCAGCAGAGCCCGACCACACCCACUCAUGGCGGCCGGGUCAGCUCGUUGCUGCAGCAGAAACUGCAGGAGAGCGAUGCGCGUCUGUGUGCGGACGUGUCUCAGAGCGUGAGACAGGUGUAUCACGGAGCCACCAGAGACAUCCGGGCGGCCACGGCGCACCUGAGUCACUCGCAGGGCGUCGUCAUUGCCACCUCGCACGCCGUCCGCGUCGCCAUGGAUGACCUCCGGGCGGUGUGUGACAAGAUCGACAUCAUCACUAGCUGUCGCUUGCUGCCUGACAUCGCCAUGACGACCGCUUCAUCACCCACAAUGCCUUGCUCUGCUCCUCAUUAAACUGCACUAGAGCUCCAUGAGGUUAGAACACCAGACGCCGUGAGGAUGUGAGCUCAUACCCUGCUUGAGAGGAGAUGGAGAGCCGGUCAGCACCAAGCUCCUCAGGACUGAACGAGAGCGAGCAGCCUGGAGGUUUAAACCACAAACUGUGAGAGAACCACAGGGUCAUGAGUUCAAACCCCAACACUGACCGACACCUGAGGACUGAGACCCCAGAUCUGACCAAGACCCAGUGCUUCUAAACCUCAGUACUGACA